UUUACCUUCAUUACAAAGCUGUGAUUUAAACUGAGAGAGGACAGUUACAGCAGGAAGCACUGAAGACCUGAAGUAGUGAAAUAGUUCAACUUCAACCUGCUGCUGACUGAAAAAACACGAGUCAAAGUGACUGAGAAACUUUCAAUAGCAGGAAACACAACUGACUUCCUCUUUUAACGUCUCGUCCGCUGUGUUUUACUUUUAAAUGAAACACACUCUGUUUUAGUCUGUACAGGCUGUAAAAGACGCUUUUUGUGUGUACUGUUGGGUACAGCCUUUAUAAUCUGAUGCUCUGUUCGUUGAGCAUGUUUGAUAGACAGUGUUUUACUGUUAUUGACUUUGUGAUGCAGAACGUUGCGAAGUCGUCGCUCGUUUUUCAGUUUGUCUGUUUGUUCUUUUUUUCUUCUUCUAACUUUUCAUAAGUCAGUUUUUCUGGGAAAAGAUGGCCCACCCAAAAUACAGUUUCUGCCUACAUCACUGCUAUGUGAACCUUAAGUUCCUGCACAAUAAAAGCUUGUUCUGUACUGUACAGAUAGAAUCAGAUAAAACCUGUUAGUCAUUAAUCUUUAGAGGAGUUGGUAGGUGUAUCUUUGAACUUUGGAAUGAAACACACUCUGUUUUACAUGUGAAGCAACAGCAUUUAUCAGAAGAGGUCUGACAAAGCUCCGCCCCUCAGCUGACUCAUCUGAGACAAAGCAGGAAACAGUUUAUUCUUCGUCUCUAAAGAGACACACAGACUGAAAAACAGACGAUCAGAUUCACCUUCAGACCAAACUAACAGCUUCCUCUGAGUGAGAACAGCUACAGGAGAGAAAAGUGAAAACUAGAACUCUGCUGCUUCAACCUGCUGACUCUCCACACACUGAAUCUUCACUCGGAGACAAAAUGUCUUCCAGAUCAGAGGAGGAUCUCUGCUGUCCGGUCUGUCAGGACGUCUUUAGAGAUCCUGUUGUUCUGUCAUGUAGCCACAGCUUCUGUAAAGACUGUCUGAAGAGCUGGUGGAGACAGAAACUAACACGUGAGUGUCCAGUUUGUAAGAGAAGAUCUUCAAAGGAAGAACCACCUUGUAACCUGGUGUUAAAGAACCUGUGUGAGUCCUUCUUACAGGACAGAGAUCAGAGAGCUUCAGAGGCUCUCUGCAGUCUGCACUCUGAGAAACUCAAACUCUUCUGUCUGGACCAUCAGCAGCCAGUGUGUCUCGUCUGCAGAGAUUCAGAAAAACACACCAACCACAUAAUCAGACCCGUCGAUGAAGCUGCACGACAACACAAGAAGGAACUUGAGGAAACUCUGGAGCCUUUAAAGAAGAAGUUAAAGGUUUGUGAAGAAGUUAAAGUGAAGUUUGAUCAAACAGCAGAACACAUUAAGGUCCAGGCCCGACACACAGAGAGGCAGAUUAAGGAGCAGUUUAAGAAGCUUCACCAGUUUCUAGAAGAGGAAGAGGAGGCCAGGAUGGCUGCUCUGAGGGAGGAAGAGGAGCAGAAGAGUCAGAUGAUGAAGGAGAAGAUGGAGGCUCUGAGCAGAGAGAUAGCAGCUCUUUCACACACAGUCAGAGCCACAGAGGAGGAGCUGAGAGCUGAAGACGUCUCAUUCCUGCACAACUACAAGGAUGCAGUGGAAAGAGUCCAGCGCUGCCCCCUGCUGGAUGAUCCACAGCUGCUCUCAGGAGCUCUGAUAGACCAGACCAAACACCUGGGCAACCUGACCUUCAACAUCUGGAACAACAUGAAGGAGAUGGUCUCCUACACUCCUGUCAUUCUGGAUCCAAACACUGCUCAUCCAGAACUCAUCCUGUCUGAUGAUCUGACCAGUGUGAGACGAGGAGAGAAACAGCAGCUUCCUGAUAAUCCAGAGAGGUUUAACUUCCGCUCUGUUCUGGGCUCUGAGGGCUUUAACUCAGGGACUCACAGCUGGGAUGUCGAGGUUGGAGACAAUACAGGCUGGUCACUGGGUGUGUUAUCAGAGUCUGUCCAGAGGAAGGAAAUCAUACUGUCUGGAUCAUGGAGAAUAGCGUUCUAUAAAGGUAAAUACGUAGCACGUUCACCAUCAGCUCAGCCCACUGAUCUCCCAGUGAAGAAGAAGUUCCAGAGGAUCAGAGUGAAUCUGGACUGGAACAGAGGAAAUCUGUCGUUCUCUGAUCCUGAUACUAACACACACAUACACACCUUCACACACACUUUCACUGACACACUGUUUCCAUACAUUUACACUUUGGAUAAACUCCCACUGAAGAUUUCCCCACUGAAGGUCUCUGUGACAGUGGAACAGAGCAGUUAGAGACGACGAUGAUGAUGAUGAUGAUGAUGAUGAUGAUGAUGAUGAUGAUGAUGAUGAUGAUGGUUCUUAUAAUUACUGUCAUUUAUUUCUUAAAGGGAAAAGUGGCUGAAUUUAACCUCUGAAGCUUCUGUCCUGCUGCUGUCUCAUUAUUCCAAAAUAUGUUCAUGUUGUUUUACUUGUUUUAUUUUCUGAUCUUUAUAGUUUGUGUCUUCAGCCUUAUUUUUAGUUUUUUAUUGAUACUGUAUCAUUUUCAAUAGUUGUUAAUGUUUUCUGAUGUCGAUGUGGAUCCAUGAAGACCAGCAGCCAAGAAUCAAUGACUGUAUGUUAAACUGUAUUUGAGAUUAAACUUUACAAACAUUAAAUCAGUUCAUGUUUAAUUACAUCACGAAAUGUUUUAAUAUUUAAAAUAUAUUGUUUAUAAGAAUCUGUAUGAAAUAAUCAAGAUAUUUAUAUAACUGUCCAUAAAAUAAUUCUGUCAGAGGAGUUUUAUUUAAGGUGGACGUGUGAGUUUUAAGGUGGACUUGUCAGUUUU